AUGUCUGUCAUUCCUUUUAUUCUGGCUGCCGGCAGCCUGCCAUCCCUCAUUUCUGGGGCUCCGGUUCCUUACCUUCACUCUCGCGAUGUUGCAGGAGCAACUACCCUUCACUCUUUCGCCGAGCGAGACUCGAGCGCAUACACUGUCUUUGGUGGCAAUGGCCAGGUCUCCGACGGAUGGCCCUCGAUUGACAACUGGCUGUCGUCGUUUGAUGAUAUGUUCGAGGCCAACAAGGAUGUCAUGUCCAGCUCAUGCGAGCAAUGGGGUGUUCCCAGCACCUCUGAGCAGGAGAUGAGCGACAUGUCCGACAGCAUCCAAUCCGUCGCCAAGUCCACUGGUGUUGACGCCCGUUUUAUUUUGGCCAUUGUUAUGCAGGAGAGCAACGGUUGUGUGCGCGCUCCCACUACCAACUAUGGAGUCGUCAACCCUGGUCUCAUGCAAAGCCACGACGGCACUGGAUCCUGCAACAACGGCGCUGUCCAAAACCCUUGCCCUGCCGACCAGAUCACCCAGAUGAUCAAGGACGGUACCGCUGGCACUUCUGAAGGUGACGGUCUCCAACAGCUCCUUUCGCAGGCCGGCACCGAUGACGUGACCAAGUACUACGUGGCUGCGAGAAUGUACAACUCGGGCUCAGUCGCUACCGACGGAAACCUGGGUCAGGGCAUUGCCACUCACUGCUACGUCUCCGACAUUGCAAACCGUCUGAUGGGCUGGGCCACUGGUCCCAGCUCUUGCGAUUCCGACACCAUUGGAUCGCUCACCAGUGGCACCGGCUCAUUGUCCAGUGGUGGAGAUGGCGGUUCCUCUGCAACUUCAACCACGUCUGCCUCGCCCACCAUUGCUCCAAUCACCAGUGUCGUGCCGUCCCCCGCACCCGUGACUACCACUGCGCCAGCUCCUACAACAACCGCAUCUCCGGUCACUACCACCACUACCACCCCCGUGGCGCCAGCCAUCACAACCUCUGUUGCCCCCGCUGGCCCCACUGCCACUGCCGCGACAUCAUCCUCGUCCGCCCCUGUCUACCCCCAAGCUGCCACUUCCUGCCAGAAGUACUACACUGUGGAUUCUGGUGACUAUUGCCUCCAGGUUGAGGCAAAAGUCGGCAUUACUGCGUCUCAGCUCCAGGACUGGAAUCCUGGUCUGGACGAAGCUUGCUCCAACUUGUGGCUGGGCUACCAAUAUUGUAUUCAGGCUUAG